UCCCGGGCCUGCCCAGUUCUGCAGGCUCGGCCAGUGGCCGCUGCCCGGCACUGGGAUCCCGGUGCUGCGAGGCAGAGAGGCCGGGGCCUGACGCUGCCUGAGCAGCCCUGGUCGCGGCCCGCGGGUGCUGCAGCCUGACAGGGGGCGGGGUUCGGCUAGGGAAUCUCCGGGCUGGGCCAGGUGACAGAGGCUGGGAGCUCCGGGAGCAGCGACGGGGGCCGAUCCGCCGCGAGACCCGCCGCAAUCACGCCGUGCUUAAUCACAAUUAGCUUGUGCUCCAGGCUGGUCGCGUUCACCAUUCUCCCAGCCGGUGACCCCGGGGAUUUCUUUUAUGGUGGCUUUCUCUGACAUGCCAAAGCUACCCGAUUAUUCAGAACUGAGUGACUCUUUAACGCUUGCCGUGGGAACAGGAAGAUUCUCGGGACCAUUGCACAGAGCAUGGAGAAUGAUGAAUUUCCGUCAGCGGAUGGGAUGGAUUGGAGUGGGAUUGUAUCUGUUAGCAAGUGCAGCCGCAUUUUACUACGUGUUUGAAAUCAAUGAGACUUACAACAGACUGGCCUUGGAACACAUUCAACAGCACCCAGAUGAGCCCCUUGAAGGGACCACGUGGACACACUCCUUGAAAGCUCGGUUACUCUCCCUACCAUUUUGGUUUUGGACAAUUAUUUUUCUGAUACCUUACUUACAGAUGUUUUUGUUCCUCUAUUCUUGUACAAGAGCUGACCCCAAAACCGUGGGCUACUGUAUUAUCCCCAUAUGCUUGGCAGUUAUUUGCAAUCGCCAUCAGGCAUUUGUCAAGGCUUCUAAUCAGAUCAGCAGACUACAACUGAUUGAGACAUAAAAUCAGUCACCGUUUUUUCCUCUUGAUUACAAAACUGCCAGUACAAUGUGGAACCUGAUCACAAGACUGCAGUUUUUCCACAGAUCUCAGGAAGUUGUGGUGGGGCAGAGGCUUUUUAAAAAAUGUGACUAGGGGGCUAUCUUUAACGGAAUAAUAAGGGAACUUUAGGUAAAGCCUGAGAUACAGUACUACAGAAUCAUGUUGAUGACUUCAGAUUUUGGAAGUAAAAUCGUGUCUGUUAUUUCUAUUCUACUGUGAAGCAUAGUGAUGGUUCAGAAAUUUUUUCUUUUGGGGGAAAAAUGAAUAUGAACAUUUCUAUUGUGUUUAACACGUAAGAAGGUCCAAACAUGGUCAUAAAAUUUAAAUUUUAUAGUUACUUUGCUUGCUCUAAAAUUCUUCAAACUAAAAUACCAGUUUAUCCUUUUGUAAGCCAACUAUUUAUGCUUGUGAGAAAUUGGUAUAAAAUUACUGAGGUGAUUGCUCUCUUGAUAUGUAGGAUUUGUUCCUCCUUCUGGUAAUGCUACUGGCAUUAUUAAUUACCAUUAUUAAUGGUACUGAUUUUUUUAAAAAAAUCUUGGGAAGGGUCUAAAUAUUUGUUGAGAAAUCUAACUUACACAUAGAAUAUGGAAACAAGGUGUGCAAUGAAAAUAUUUGGUCCAGUGCCUGUCAGCUGUGUGAUAGCUCUCUAAAGGAUGCUAUCAAGUCAUCAUCCAGAUAUUCUUUUAUAGCCUAAGGGCUGGUCCUCAGGCCAUAGGUUAGUUGCAUGAAGAUGUGAUCCUUGUACUUCCUCCUGUGCAUCUGUACUUACUACCUCAUGUCUGGUACCAAUACAAACAACUAAAAAUGGAAAUACUAGAUUUUAGGAGUUUUUCUUUUUUUUAUGGGUGAGAUCAAGAUAUAUUUUUAUACAGUUAUGUCAUUAAUACCAGGGAAAUGUUUCACUGACAGAUUUUAAUAAUCAACAUUUUUUGGUGCUUGGGCCCUGUUCUAAGAACUUUACAUGAAUUAAGCCACUUAAUGUAACAACCCUAUGAACAACAAUUAUCUAGGUUUUACAAGUGAGAACACCAAGGUGGGAAAGUUAUUUGCCAAAGGUCACAGCUGGUAGGUGGCACAGCCAGAGGUAUAACCAGGUAUCUGAUACUUUUUUUUUUUUUUAGAUUUAAUUUAUUUUUAGAGAGAGGGGAAGGGAGGGAGAAAGAGGGAUAGAGAGAAACAUUGGAUGUGUGGUUACCUCUCGCAGGCCCCCAACUGCCUGCAACCCAGACAUGUGCCCUGACUGGGAAUUGAACAGGUGACCCUGCUCUUUGCAGGCCAGCACUCAACCAACUGAGCCAUACUGGUCAGGGCUGAGAAAAGUUUUCCUCAAUUUGUAUGAGCUACUGAAAACUAAGUUUCUAGCAACCUCAAACUUCAACAAGACUGAUUUGAACACUACGGAAGGCCGCACAUUGCACAGCAGUCUUUUACAUGAAAGAUAAAGCAGGUACGUUUGCAACUCAAAAGCAGCAAGCUCAGAUUCUUCUCUAAUCAGUCUCAUUUCCUUCUUUCACUACCUCCAUAGGUCUAGUUCCUGAAAUGACUUACCUUCUGCUACACUACAUGGCAUCUUUGCAAUAAGCGGCAGUUUGAAAUACCUGUUUCUGUGAGGGUCACCCGGCCCAAUCACUCGCAUCUUUUGAGUAUUAACUAAUUACAGACAUUCCCCAACUUACCAUGGUUCGACAAGAUUUUUCCACUUUCUGAUGGUGUGAAAGCAAUAUGAUCAGUAGAAACUGUACUUUGAGUUUUCGCCUUUUUCUGGGCUGGCAUUAUGCAGCACAAUUCUUGUGAUGCUGGGCAGCGGGCAGCAGGGUGACUUGGCCCAACUAUAGGCUGAUGUGUGCAGAGCACGUUUAAGGUAGGCUAGGCUGCGCUCUGAGGUUCAGUUGGUUAGGUGUGUUAAAUGCAUUUUUGACUUACAUUUUCUUUAAAAAGAUUUUUAUUUAUGUUUAGAGAGGGGAAGGGAAGGAGAGAAACGUUUGCCUCUUGCACACCCCAACUCUGGGACCUGGCCUGCAACCCAGGCAUGUGCCCUGACUGGGAGCUGAACCGUGACCUCUCAGUGUGCAGGCUGGCAUGGAAUCCACGGAGCCACACCAGCCAGGGGUGGACUUGUAUUUCCAAUUCGUGAUGGGUUUGAGCUGUAACCACUGUAAGUCAGGGAGCAUUGUAGUACGCCUGCUGCAGGCACUGCUUUGAGUGAAUGCACUCCUACAUUCAUUCUUCACAAUAGCCCUAUGAGGCAGGUAUGUACUGGUACUAGUGCCAUUUUACAGAAGAGGAAAAUGAGAAAUGAGGACAUGGGAAUUAGUAACUUGCCGCUGGUCACACAGCAAGUAAGUGGAAGAGCCAGGAUUUGACCCCAGGAUGUCUGGCUUCAGAUCUCUGGCUCUAUCAUUCCACUACACUGCUUCUCAAAAAAAAAAGGAUAAUUUGAGGAAAAUCACUGAGUGGUUUCUUGUUUUAUUUGGUUAGUCUUGAAGCAAUGAGAGUUUGGAAAUGAUUUAAGAAAAUUAUGUUACUUUUUGUUUUAUAAAUGUUUGAUGUAAUGCAAGGUUUAUGAAUUUGUCGCUUGUAGUAAUUC